AUGCGAGACUAUGGUCUCGCCGCGCCUCAUGGCCCCAAUAUGUCUGGACAACACGUCGCGACGGCUGACAUCGCCGACAUGAAUGCCGACGAAGAAACCGUCUUCCGCUCAUUACUUCUCCCCGAUGACAGCUACGACGAGACCGGUACCUACUGGGCUGAUAUGGGUCUUUGGCGCCGCCUCAAGUUCACCAACAAGGUCGAUUCUGAAGAAGCUCUCAAGGAGCUCAAGUCCAUCGGCUCCAUGAUGAAAGCCGACCCGCUCAGCCCUGUCUCAUAUUACAUGAGGAACAUGGUCAUUCCUGGUAUGGGUUUGCUCCUCGAAGGUUAUGUAUUGUUCUCCAUCGGCAACGUGAAGCCACUAUUUUCCAGCGCCUUCCCUGCUUGCUGGGGCAACAACCCGACUGCCUGCAACGAAACCUGGGUUCAAUCUGUCGAGUACCUCGAAAUUGUCGGUAUUAUCAUUGGUCAAAUUCUUGUCGGCAUCAUCGGUGACUGGAUCGGUCGCCGCUUCGGUCUGAUUCAGGAUGCCACGAUCAUGUUUGUCGGUCUGCUCAUGCUGACUGCUUCGUGGGGAGUCACGCUCGAUGGAUGGGUCAUCUGCUACGUCUGGUCAUUGUUCUUCUAUGGCAUUGGUGUUGGUGGUGAAUACCCUAUGACCGCAACUUCUGGUAUGGAGAACGCAGUCGGAUCCGGCAAAGUCUCCACUCGCGAUGAUCGUCUGCACCGUGGCCGAAAGGUCACCUCCGCAUUCUUGAUGCAAGGUUGGGGUCAAUUCUUCAACCAGGUCAUUCUGAUCCUGCUGCUCCUGAUCUUCAGCGGUGGCAAGACCGGUCCGCCGUACAGCCAAGAACUCACACAGUACACCUACCGAGUCUCUUUCGCCAUUCCUGCUGCUGGUACUUUGUGGCUAGUCUACUAUCGUAUUUACAAGAUGCGAUCUGCUUCGAAACAUCUGCAGGAGGCAAAGAAGAAGCAGUCCGUUACCGGCUACGACGUCAAAUCACUCGGUAUGACCUUCACUUACUUUGGAGGUCGUCUCUUCGCCACUGCUGCGGGUUGGUACGCCAACGACGUUUUCUUCUACGGCAACAAACUCUUCCAGGGACAAUUCAUUCAGACCAUCACCGGCUCAAACAGCAACGUCAUGACCACCUGGCUUUACAACUUGAUCAACAUUGGAGUAUCCCUUGUGGGUUACUACCUCGCAUCCUUCUUGAUCGACAACAAGAACUACGGCCGCAAGUGGAUGCAGUUGGUCGGUUUCCUUGCAGACUUCAUCUGCUUCGUCAUCCCGGCGUUUGGUUACGAGUACUACACCAGCCCGGCUGGAGUCACCAGCUUCAUGACCAUGUAUUUCCUCUCAUCCUUCUUCAACCAAUUCGGUCCCAACUCCGUCACCUUCCUGGUGGCCGCCGAGGUCUUCCCGACACCCGUCCGUGCUUCCGCUCACGGUUUCUCCGCCGCCAUCGGCAAGUUGGGUGCCCUCACCGCCGCCGUGCUUUACAAUUACAUCGACGUCAAGACCCGUUUCCUGGUCGUUCCGUGGUUCGGUCUGGGCGGUUUCCUCAUCACUCUCAUCUUCCUGCCUGACACCACCGGCCUCGAUCUCAAGGAGCAGGAGCGUCGCUGGGCGUUUAUCCGCGCCGGCCGCGAGCACGAGUACCACGGUAUCGCCGUGCACCCGCGUCACCUGUCGCUCUGGGAGCGCAUGUGGGGAGUGGGCAAGCACUACAACGCCGAGGAGGACUACAAGCAGCGCGUCGAGGAGAUGCGCGCCGACUGGGAGUCUGCCAUGGCUCGCCGCACCGCCGAGAAGGAGGGCCCGGCCGAGGACCGCAUGGAGGACGACUGGAGCUCGGAGGUCAGCACUUUCUUCGAGCGCACUCGCGGCAAGCCUGGUGGCGUGAAGUCGCCUUUCAACCAGGGUGCUGGCCUGAACGGCAACGGCGCCAGCCGCAAUCAAUCGAGUAUCCAGGAGAAGCCCGAGCAAGAAAGCGAUUAG